AUGCCACCAGCACGAAACAAGUUUGCAGUUGGCCAUUUCAUGAGGACAAAAAAGCAACUUAAGAAUUCUUUGGCCGAGGAAAAAGCCAAGCUAUCGCUAGAAAUAAAGAAUAGUCAACAGCAGAUUCGUCGACUUAAGAUAAAGGUAGGAUUUUUCACAACCAUAUGAAUAUAGAAUAUUAUGUUACUUGUAAUUCAUCAUCAUUAAUUUUUUUGACAGUCCAUAUUUAGACUACAUGUAUUUCUCUUGCCUAAAAAUAUGUUAUUGCUUUCGGCAUUGUUUUAAUAGGGCCUAAUAAAAUUAAAAGCUUUCAUUACUUAGGCUAUAGCAGGUCUAUUGGCAGUGACAGCAUCAUCUGCUUACACAAUAAUAUGUGUAUAUUAAUUCAUGCAUUUAAUACAGCCAGAUAUACAAGGCAGCUCUAAUAUUUUAAUUAUAUAAGGGCAAGUGGUCUUUUGAAGUUUUCAGCUUGAAAAUAUAGUAUGAUUUGGUCAAGGCUGUCUUUAUGCGUCAGGCUUGCCCGGUCUUGACAGAUUCUCAAGAUUUCAUAUUGCUCUGACUUUGUCCUGGUUUCAUGUAAAUGGAACUGUUAAUCCAAGCACAGUAUCUAGUUAGCCGAGCUAAAAUGUCCCAUGCAAAAUCACCAGCAUGGCCAUUUAAAGAAGGCUGACUAACAAGCCAACAGAAAUAUUUUUGAAAUAUUUCUGUCUUUUUUAGUGUCCUCGAAAUGAAUAAAAUAGUUUCAAGGCUGUCCUCUGACUGAAUAUUUUUUUCAUUAAUGCGAUUUUAAUGUGUUGUUUUGUUCUUACAUUAUUUUCAGGCGACAGCAAUUACAGAAACUAAACAAGAUCUACAGUGUAAAGUACCUUGCAAUGCUAACACAAAAUCUAGCACAGCUAAUAGUACGGUGUAUGCUAAACCCUGAUUUUGAUUGAAUAAAACAAUCAUAAUUAUUAUUGAAUACAACUAACGUUUAAUCUGAUCUUUACGACAGGUAUGCGUACCAGGACCCCUACCACAUUAGAAAUUGACGAAAUGGCACCUGUAACACUAAAGCGAAGAAGAACUGAAACAUUUGAUAUGGCUUUAAUGGUUCAUGGUGGGACAAAAAGCAAUCCAAAGCCAGCAUUUGAUAGUUUAUAUGACACAUUGUCAAAAAGGUGCAAAACAAGUGCCUUAGGCAACUAUGUUCUGAAAGAUAGUAAAGUAGCAAAUUAUGUCAUGAAUAACAGCAAUAAGAAGGAUGUAACAACAUUUGAAAACUCAAAUGCUAACAUUUUACGAAGCAUUGCAACAUAUUACAAUGCGGGAGUGAUGGGAAAAAAAAGUAUCAGGCUGUGAGGUUAGCAACUAGUAUGAAGUCUGCUGAUACCAAAAGAGGUGGAAACACUUCUAUACAGUUUAAAGCCAAUUGCCCUAUUCCAAAGAUACUUACAUACAAUAAGCUACGCAAGCAAAUUAAUGCAAUAGAUAUAGGUAAAGUUUACUCAGUGGAAGAGCAAUUUUCUGCUUACAUUCAAGAUGAAAAUGUAAAGGGGUGCUAUAGAGAUCUUAGGGAAUACUUACCUAGGCUAGCAAAGUUUUAUCUCGGCAUGCAAAAAACCCAGAAAGGUGCUCUGAAGUGGUUUGCAGAAACUGAGGGAACAUUCUUAGUAGCUUUUGGGAGUGAUGGGUGCCCUUUUGGGAAAACAGAGACUGCCUGUUCUUUUCUUGUUAGCUUCUUAAAUACAG